UUGUGCGUCUUCCUGGUUUUUUAAAAAAGUCCAACUGGACUGAAACACAAACACUUGAAAUGUAGUCUCAGCCGUCUUUUAAAAAACGAAAGUCACUUUUGUGCAAGCAACAAUUAAGUAAUCAACAUGUUGCUUUUUCUUCUUUUGUUUUUCACGCAAAGUGACGCCUCGCCGAAAUCAGAAGACCCACAACUCUCGUUCCUCAGAUCCAUGUUAGACGACUUUGACGUGCUGACGCUGUCCAGCGUUCACACUCACUCGGUCCGCCGCCGCGACCUUCUCACCAGCCAUGUGGAGAAAGAGAUCAGCUUUCACGCGCUGGAAAGACACUUUCGUCUGUACCUGAGGACCAACGAGCAGAUCUUCACUGAAGAUUUCCGCGCAGUGGUGGUGGACUCUGACGGCGAGCACGAUUACCACGUCAACAGACAUCAUUUCUUCACAGGACACGUCAUUGGGGAGGAGAACUCUCGUGUUCAGGCGCGUGUGGAUGAGCAUGACUUCUCUGCCCACAUCGUGAUGCAAGAGGCGGAGUUUAACGUGGAGCCUCUGUGGAGGUUCACGGUGCCUUCUGAUGGACGCCUGCUGGUCUACCGCUCUGACCACAUCCGAAAUCUCAGCCGAGUGCAGCGGCCAUCCGUCUGUGGCUAUGUGAACUCUGACCCCCGCCACUUGCUUCCUGAAAGCGUGGGCGCCGUGGAGGAUGAAGAGGAGGAAGAGUGCACGUCAAGGGUGAGGCGUGGUGUGCACGAGCACCGGAAGAACACGUGUCCUCUGCUGCUGGUGGCUGACCAUCGCUUCUUCAAGCACAUGGGUCGCCAGGAGGAGAGCACUACCCUCAACUACCUGAUCGAGCUCAUCGACCGUGUAGACGACAUCUACAGGAACACUUCGUGGGACGACGAGUUCUCCGGCUACGGCGUCCAAAUCCAGCAGAUCGUCAUCAAGAAGAUGCCGACCCCCGUGGCGCCAGGAUCGAUCCACUUCAACAUGGCUGGAAGUCCGGUGGCGGGCCGAAAUGUGUGGGAUGUCAAGCGUCUUCUGGAGUUUAGCGUGGACAUGGCGGAGAAGGCGGCCAACGUGUGCCUGGCCCACCUCUUCACCUACCAGGACUUCGACGAGGGCACGCUGGGUCUUGCUUACGUGGCACCCGCCAAGCCUGACAUCCCCGGCGGUCUGUGCUCCAAAGGGUGUCCUUCAUCCAACGACCGUCUCAUCUACCUCAACACGGGCCUGACCAGCACCAAAAACUACGGCAAGACCAUCCUCACAAAGGAAGCCGACCUCGUGACCACGCAUGAGCUGGGACACAACUUUGGGGCGGAGCACGACCCGGACAAUAUUCCCUACUGUGCGCCCCGCGAGGACCAGGGUGGCAAAUACGUUAUGUACCCCAUCGCUGUGAGCGGCGACCAUGCCAACAACAAGGUCUUCUCCAACUGUUCCAAGCGCUCCAUCGUGAAGCGCCUCAGGUCCAAGGCACCGUCCUGCUUCAAGGAGAGGACAGUCAACGUGUGCGGGAACUCGCGUGUGGAACACGGCGAGGAGUGUGACCCGGGUUUGCACGUCAAAUCCGACCCCUGCUGCACCGCCGAGUGCCGCCUGCGGCCCGGCGCACUUUGCAGCGACAGGAACAGCGCCUGCUGUAGGAAGUGCCAGCUGGAAGCGGCGGGCGAAGUGUGCCAGGAGCCCAUCGACGCCACAUGCAAGGGUCGCUCGUUUUGCACAGGCUCCAGCAAAGACUGUCCUCCACCGCAGAACGCUCCAAACAAAACGUCCUGCUUGGACAAUGGCGAGUGUCAGGAUGGCGAGUGCGUCCCCUUCUGUCUCGCCGUCCUCAAGCUGCAGCCAUGCGCCUGCAACGAGACCAACGCUUCCUGUAAGGUGUGCUGCCGUGGAAGCAAUGGUGUGUGCGCCCCCUACCGGGACUCGGCGGGUCACUUCCUGUUCCUACGUAAAGGCAAACCGUGUACGGUGGGCUUCUGCGAUGGAGCGGGGAAGUGCAUGAAGCAGGUGCAGGACGUGGUGGAGCGUCUUUGGGACUUCAUCGACAAGCUGGACAUCAACACCUUCGCCAAGUUCCUGGCUGACAACAUCGUGGGCUCUGUGGUGGCGUUCUCCCUCCUGUUGUGGAUCCCCUUCAGCAUCCUUGUACACUGCGUGGACAAGAAACUGGACCAGCAGUACGAGCAGACCAACAAGUCUCUCUUCUUCCCCAGCAAUGCAGAACUCCUGAGCAGCCUGGAAUCUGCCUCAGUGCGAAUCUUCAAACCUUCCAACCCGACCUAUGCUGGACCACGCUUUCAGGCGCCCAGCCCCGCCCCUCCGGAGAGCCCCCGUAUGGCCACCAUCAAGGAGGACCCCAGCUUUGACGAGGAGGCGCUGCAGGAGGCGUUCGGUCGGCCGCAGGGAUCGGCGCCACGUUCCUUCGAGGACCUGACAGAGCAAAGCGUGGCCCUCAGAAAGGUCAGAGUUCAGCGUCAGCGUCACGUGGACGCCAAAGAGACACAGUGCUGACCAGCCAAUCACAGACGUUCACGCACUUUGCGUUAUUUGCUCCGUUGCCAUGGUAAUACACAAAAAAAAAUGCCCAUCAAAGCAAACGUUUCCUUUAAUCAACAAAAAUAAACAUGAAAAAAGACAUAUCACAGGGUGGGCGUGGUCUCUCAGAGGGGGGGGCAAAGGGCAUCAUAGAGCCGAUGCAUGGCGACUUCCAACAUCUCCCUCAGAGACUCGUCCUCGCCGCACGUCACGACCUGCGUGUCACAGAUGUCAGGUCAGCACAGCUAACUUUUAGUAUAUAGUAAAGUAUAUAAUAAAAUAUAUAACUAAGUGUGUAUAUAUAUAUAUAUAUAUAUAUAUAUAUAUAUACACACAUAUACGUAUAACUAAGUAUAUAACUUUAUUGUGAGGCAGAACUCACCAAGCGUUGGAUUGUUCGCCCAUUCGUAGGGAACGGGUGCUUUACAACAUUUACCCGCCUGACGAUUGUUGUUGCUAUAGUAACGCAAUCCGUACUGGUACUGUAGACAUGUUCCAUCAUGUGGAGAACAUGUCUACAUCCGGUUAGCCUAUUUUUUUUCAGCAGUCGUGAAUUAGGCAUGUCAUCCAAGUCAUCCGUCCAUCUAUUUUACAGCAGUUACAAAGCGUAAACUUCCGGUAAGAAGAUUCCGACUACGCAAUAAACGUUUUUUGGCCACUGAAAAUAAGAUAAGCUUAGAUGGAUGAUAUUUCUCCAUUUAGAGAGGAAAUAAAGAGCAGAAUCCUGGAGAUUAAUUAAUUAAUUAAUUAAUUCAUUCAUUCAUUUUCUUCCGCUUUUCCUCACGAGGGUCGCGGGGGGUGCUGGAGCCUAUCCCAGCUGUCUUCGGGCGAGAGGCGGGGUACACCCUGGACUGGUGGCCAGCCAAUCACAGGGCACAUAUAGACAAACAACCAUUCACACUCACAUUCAUACCUAUGGACAAUUUGGAGUGGCCAAUUAACCUAGCAUGUUUUUGGAAUGUGGGAGGAAACCGGAGUACCCGGAGAAAACCCACGCAUGCACGGGGAGAACAUGCAAACUCCACACAGAGAUGGCCGAGGGUGGAAUUGAACCCUGGUCUCCUAGCUGUGAGGUCUGCGCGCUAACCACUAGACCGCCGUGCCGCCCGGAGAUUAAUUCAUUAUUGAAAUCUGCUGAUGCUUGUUUACAUUCAAAUAUCACUGCAUUUUGUGUGUUUUAUUAUAUUUAUUCAUAUGCAAGUGGAUAUGACGUGCAUGUGCUACAUGCAUUGCAGAGUUUUUUUUAAAGUAGCUCAGUCUUGGGGAUAGAAGCUAGAAACAGCCGCAUGCUAGCAAAAUCCCGAUUAAAAAACCCUGAAUAUAUUAAAUAUGUAAAUAAAGUAUGGUUAUUGACCAUUUUGUUCAUUCAUUUACAAAUACAUUACUUGUCGUAACAAUUAGCAAAAGGAGGAAGUGACAUGGGUCUCAGGUGUAAAACCAACCGUGUUUCCGAUACGUAGUACCUAAUGACGAUCCUGCUAGCUAGCAGCUAAAGUUAAAAGUGCAGACAAAAAGCAAAGAGUUGACACUCACUCUUCUCUCCGGGUCCACGAUCGCCGACACGCCGUCCACGUUGACCGUUACAUGUUUGUCGUCUUUGAAAUGUACACAAUCGUCUCCGAACAUGUCACUACACACAAACACACACACAGUCAUUGGUUCAUCCAUCUUAUAGUAAAACGCUAACAUCCUGUGUCGAUGUCGAAUGUUUCAUUCAUCUUACGGACAAAAAUUAAAACGAGGAUCAGACUCACUGCAGCAUGAGUUCCAGCCUCUCAAUGAAGACUUCCUGGUCGAAGGUUUCCGGCCGAGCUUCCAGAACUGAAAAGCAAGCAAACACUUGGUGUCAAAAGGCAUGAAGGCAUCAAGGGGGCGGCGUGCUGCCUUCGCUGACUUUUCUGAGCGUUGGGGUUGGACUGGACCUCCAGCACCACCGUGGUCACCACGUCGGCAUACAUGUCAUUCAGCGGGUUGGCGAGCCACUGAGGAAACAACAACAACAGGAAGGUUUGACUGGCGGCAUCGAAUGACAUCAUCAUGCUUCCGCGUUCGGGUCAGACCUCCAGCAGAACCAUGCCGCCUUCGUGGACCAUGGUGAUGUUCUUGAAGAUCUUGAAGGUCAUCUUCUCUGCAGUCUCCAGUUGUUCCACAUCACCUGAACACACUCGCAUCAUGAUGCACCGACACGUGAAGCCCGACUGGGAAGCGUGCAAAACACGGGCGUCUCACCAGCAAGGCAUCGGAGUUGUGUUACCAGCAGCGAGAUGGGUCCAGUGUAGGGGAUGGCUUGUGUUUGUGUCACGGUACCAACGUUCAAGUCUGUGUACUCUGAACAAUAAAAAAAACUUGACAAUCAACAAACGACUACAUUUACAUGACAGUGUUUCCCAUACGUACGGCUGCAAUAAACACAUUAUAACGGGACUGUUUAUGAAUCGUUACAACUCUGCACAGUAGGUGGCGCCAUACAUCCCAACUCUGCUUAUGAACUGAGACGACAUCAUGUAGCUGCCCCACAACCCACCCACCACCACACAUA